UCUCUCUAUUUUUUCAUGCUGGGCUGAUGCGUGUAUAGAAUCCAUUGUUUUAAGGUUGGGUUCAGUAAGGGUGUGAGGAGCAAGGCUAUCUGAAUGGGAAAGGGAUGCCAGGAUAAAAACUCCAGUGAGCAUUCGGUUGAUCAUGACUUAUAUUAAAAUGUGAUCAAAUGUGCCCACGAACAAACUUGUAUUUACAAGUGUAUUAUUUCAUUGCAUUUCAGGUUUAGUAGGCCGAUGUGAUUAUGGAGUAUUAAACUUUGUUCCAUGAAAAGUUACCCUCAAAUCCAGCUGUAGUUGCUCCUUAGAAAUAGAUGAUGGAAGCUUAGAAUAUGAUGACUUUAUUCUCAUUCAGUUAAAAACAUUUAAUGGAAAAUGUAUUGCUCAAUUAUAUUCACUUUUGUCGUCGAUGAAUGUAACUACUGUGGCAUAGGCUUUGUGAUAUUACUGAAGGGCUGUACAAAUGAAUUUACAGUUUAGCCUACUGUGCUGCGUUCAUUCCAAACAGUAAAAUAACGGUUUACAUGUCGCGGUCUGAUAGGCUCUUUCGCUAGCAGGUGUUUGCAACUUCAAUUGCGCUUGUUAGUAGUCCAGAUGCCGCCCUUUCCGUACUGUACAGAGACUGAAACAUAGGUUACUAGCUUUAUGCAUGAGUUGCCUAAAAAGUCAGUCGAAAUUCUGAAGAGUCUAACAUGAAAUGAGAAUGAAAUGGACUUGACUUACACGGAUAUGAUCAUGUAGGCUAGAGUGUUUCUGGUUUUUAUAAAUCGUGUUAAUGCGCGCUGGCCAGAGACCGGGAUUUGCUUACUGUACUGGUGUGGAACUGAGAAGAAGAAGCCUAGGGCACAGACCCGUCUGUCCUGAGCUCAGUGGAGACAACAGAUUGGGGCAGGGGGUUGGAUUGACAGUGGUACCUGAGUCAGCCAUGAGGCGGAAGCUGGACAUGUCGGGACUGACGGACGAUGAGGCAGAGCACGUUCUACAAGUGGUGCAGCGGGACAUGAAGCUCCGGAAGAAAGAGGACGAGCGCCUCAGUGAGCUGAAGCAGGAGCUGGAUGAGGAGGGAAGUCGCUGCUCCCUCCUCUCCCGGCAGCAUCGCUUCAACGAGCGCUGCUGCAUCCGCUGCUGCUCUCCAUUCACCUUCCUGGUCAACCCCAAGCGCCCAUGUCUGGACUGCAAGUACAAUGUCUGCAAGACCUGCCGCUCCUACAGCAAGAAGGACAAAGCCUGGGUCUGCUCUGCGUGUCAGAAAGGGAGGCUUCUGAAGACCCAGUCCCUGGAGUGGUACUACAACAAUGUGAAGUGUCGCUUCAAGAGGUUUGGUAGUGCCAAGGUGCUGAAGACACUAUACAGAAAACACCUGGCGGAGCAUGGGACGCUGGGAGAACUCACAGAGGGUAGCACGUAUGAGGAGAGCAUCGGCAACGAGGGCAGCGUCUGUAGUGAAAACGCCUUCUACAGACAGAGUGAAGAGCACAGCAUGGCAGAGACCCUGACGGUGGCACUGAGGGUGGCAGAGGAGGCCAUCGACGAGGCCAUCGCCAAGGCAGAGGGACACACCGACAGUCAGGACAAGCAGAGCGAGGCAAGGUAUCUGCGAGACCACAGAGAAGAGCUGAUUGAGGAACUGGCCACAACCAUUGUGCAGAAAAUCAUCCGGCGGAGGAAGAAUCUAGCUGAGAUGAAGCCAGACUAUGACCUGGACUGGCUCCCCGACAACCAGAGUGGUGACCUGCCCUUGGCUUCAAGCUCCCCCAGCUGCAAGAUCUCCCGCACCACAUCAGCCCGCGCCAAGGCCUCUAUAUGGCGGUCUCACUCUGCCUUCUCGCUGCUGGAUGACAACGUUAUGAUGCAGUGCUCUGGGGUUUCCCAGGACUCUCAGCAUGGGCUGAAAAAGGAGGGAGGAGCGGCAGGAUUGGCCAACUGGAAGAGUGUUGACCGCCUGGACAACUCCAGUGCGUCCUCAGUGCUGAAGAGCCCAGACGGGAACUGGAUCGCCCAGCAGAGCACACAGCUGUCUCGGCCCAGCCUGCUGACCAAGAGGAAGUCACUGGUAUUCAGUGUUUUGGAGAAGGAGUCCGGUGUGAUCUCCGCCUACGAUGAGAUGGGCUCAGACGACGCCGAGGGGGGAGAGGGGGCCUGGGGCGCCGCCCUGCUGGAGAUACGCAGGAAAAUGACAAACGCCAACAACAACCAGGGGUCAGAGGCACCAGAUUCUCAGGCCUCUGACGACCAGCAGCACAGCCUCCCCUCACCCUUGCUGGACCACCACGCCAGCACGGACACCCUCAACUCGGAAUCUGAGGUAGGAGAAGAUCAGAUUCGAGGUCAAGGGCCGAAGCCCCAGAAGGCUCUGCUCGCCAUCCUGAAGAGAAAGGUGCCUGUGGAGCACCGGUGCACCCCCUCUUCACGUCGGUCAUCCCGCCCGGGCAUCUUCGACGUGAACUUUAACCCUGAGGGGAUGGAGGCUGAGAGCAGUGGGGCUGAUGAGCUGGAGGAGGGGGGCAAAGUCAGGAGGACGCGAAGGAGGAAGAGGACUAAGAGGGAUCAGGGGGAGGGAAGAGGAGAGGAGUAUAGCAACACGCUACUGGAUGCCCUGGCCAAGAAACUAAGUGUGAAAAAGACCAGCCAAUCUGGCGCAGUCACCCCAGACACUCUGACUUUGGAUGGAGGCUUGACCUCCAGGUCGCUGACCCCUGAACCCCGGGGUCCUGAGGGGGAGGCCCCCGGCUGCGGGGCUCCUAAAGGCCAGGGAGGAGGGACCAUGGGAGUGACCAUCAAUCUUGAGCAGGAACUGACCAUCAGACUGAGAGAGCUGGCCAGCCAAGUCGGCCUUGCACACCUCUCAUCAUCUGAGGACGAACUGCACAGAUCGGGAGAGGACGAGGGAGGAAGGGAGGGAAGGAGAGAAGGAACUCAGGAGGAGGAGCGGUUAUGGCAUAUAGAAAUCGAGAUGGAAGGAGGGAGAGUGGGAGAGGGUGAGGAGGAGAAGAGGAUCAAAGAAAGGGAGGGAGAUGGAGGAGGAGAGCUGAAGUCAACACUAAUCAAGCUAGCUAGUCAGGUCAGAGGCACAGAAUUCUCAUCCACUGAAGAUGAGUUGGACAGAGUGGGUAGGGUUGAGCGAGAAUGGGAGAGAGAGCGGGUGGAGGAGAGGACAAAAAAGAGGGAGAGAGAAGGAAGAGAGGAACACACCGUAAAGUUGCGUAUGCUGGCUAGCCAAGUCACACAUUUCUCAUCAACAGAGGAAGAGCUUGACCGAGUGGGUGUCAGCGAUGGAGAGAUGGAGGAGCAGAGAGAAGGAGAGAGGGAGGGAGAGAAGGAAGAGCUGACAUACGAAGGGUGCAGACUGGCUAGACAGGUCAAUGACGCGCUGUUAUCAUCAACAGAGGACGAGCUGGAUAGAGUGGAUCUCUAUGAUGAAGAGAUGGAGAAAGGGAGGGAGGAGAGAGGAGGAGAAGGGGGUGGAGAGCGGGAGGAGAUUGACGCUGAGGCACUGUGGGAGAUGGAGGGAGAUAAAGAGGAACUGACCUCCAAGUUGAGAGAUCUGGCCAGUCUCGUUAGCGCGUCCCAAUUCUCCUCUACGGAAGAUGAACUGGAUAGAGUGGGAAGGAACGAGGGAGAGAGGGAAGAGGGGAGAAAAGGAGACCGAAUGAAGUUGUCCAAUAGAGUGGCGGACUGGGUCAGAGAGAGAUGUGGAGAGAAGGAGGGAAAGUGGCAUGGAGAGAGAUGGGGAGAGAUGGAGGGAGAGAGGAGGAGGGUACAGGUGGAGAGGGUGAGAGAGAAGCCCUGGUACCUGGGGGGGAUGGAGGUGGAAGGGAGGAGGAUGAACAAGGAGAGGAGAGAUAGCAUCGGAGAACUAGACGUCAGACUCUUUGACUUUGAGGAUGAAAGUGAGAAAGAGGGAGAGUUGCAAAGCGAAGAGAUGGACACAAAGGUAGAGGAAGAGGGAGUCAUGAAGGUACAGAGGAUGAUGGAGAGGAUGUUUGAAGGAGGGAAGGAAGGAAAGAGGGCAGGGGAAGCAGAGAGAAAGGUGGAAGGAGGGAUGGGAGAGGCAGAAGUGGGAGAAAGAGAGCGAGAAACAACAGAAAGUGUGGACACUGUGGAGGGAGAGGUGAUGUUUGACAAAAUAAUCAGCAACCUAGAGCACACACUGGGUGGGAUGGAGGUAGAGAUGGAUGGAGAGAUGGUGGCGAACCCCGAAAGAGAAGGGAGAGAAGAGGAUAAGAACCAAACAAAGGUUGGAGAAAGCAAGUUUAAGAAAGAAGAAGAGAUAGAUGAAUAUCUAAUUAAUGAGAUGCUAAUGUUACAACAGCUGUCAGACAGGUUUGGCACUUUAGAUAAGACUGGAGUCAAACCUCAAGAGAAGGCUGGAGGGAAGGAAAGAGAAAGGGACAGUUUGGAUAAGACAGUAGAGUGUGUCGUGGAGCGAGGUGAGAAAGAGGCCCGAGAGAAAGAUGAGCAGGCUGAAACAGAGACCCAUAAAAGCAUCCGACCACAGCAUUUAGAUGAGAGAAAGGAACAAGUAUCAGACCAGACAAAGAGCGAGACUUCCCGAGACCUGGAAGAAGAAAGCAAGGGAAUAGAAAGAGGGGGAUAUGAAGGUGGGGAGGUAGAGGAGCAAACAAGCGAGAAGGAGAUGGAUGAUUUUGGGGAAAGAGAAGGGGAGAAUUUUGAGAAGAAUACAGACGAGAAAGAAACUGAGAGCAACCGAACUAAGGACCCAGAAGAGAGCGCCCCCUGUGUUCAGGAGGAGAUACUGUCUUCAGAGGAGAUCCAGAAUAGGUACUCGGCGAUGUCACUGCGCAGUAUCACCACUGAGGUGCUGACGGUGUUGAAUGCGACAGAGGACCUACUCCAGGGGGUGGAAGGGGAUGACUACGCUUGUUCUCCUCCCUACACUCCUUCACUACCCCUCAACACUGACACCAAGAGGCUGGGUGAACAGCUCAGCAGACUGGAGGAGAAUGUGUAUGUGGCGGCGGGCACGGCGUACGGCCUGGAGGCGGAGCUGGACGACCUGGAGGAGUGUGCCCGGGCCAUCGACAAUUCCACCUCUGACCUGGAGCUGUCCUACCUGGAGGAGCAGGUAGCAUCAGCUGCCGCCCAGGUGCAUCAGUCUGACCUCCAGACGCAGACUUUUGCUUUGGAAAAAAGGAGAAAGCGGGGGAUUUUACCUCUGGUUUUACCUCGGGUGUCGGACAUUGCAGCCAGGAUCACAGCUCUGAAGAAUGCAGGUCUCAACGUGGUCCCACAGAACCGCUUCACUAAGCCCAAGAAACUGCCUAAGAUAAAGAAACCUCAGCCAGACUGAUCAGGCAUGUUGAUCCCUGUCAUGACCUCUAGCUUCCCCUCACACCAGUGCUACCUGCCUUUAACCAACCAUCAGGACAAUGCCGAGUACAGACUGACAGUAUUACCACUCAUUUGGGCACUGUGGACAUAGACGAGAGCUGUAGAUUUUAUAAUGAGAUUUAAAAAAAAUAGUAAAUACUUUAUGUAAAAAAAAAUGGAUGAAGUUAAAAACAAAGCUGGUUUCGUAUAGAAUAUUUGUCGUAAAUAUCAUGUUGUUGAGUGACAUGUCAAUAAUUUCUUUAUUAUUGGACCUUUUAACCAAUCAGUAACCAUAUAGCCAAAUAAGGUAAUGAAGAGAACGGACACUAACAAGCUGUGUUGCUCCUGGCUGAAAGCUGUGAUUAAUACUACUGAUUGUUUUAACAUGUUUUAACAGUUAAAGGUCAAAUGUAGCCAUUUUUAUCUCAAUGUAAAAUCAUUUCUGGGAAACAUUUAAGUAGCUAACUGUGAUUUUUUUUUACCAUUUGAAUUUAAAACAAACAAAACAUCUUCUUAGCGAAUAGCAAUUUCUCAAGCAAGAAUUUAGCUAGGACUGUGUGGGAGUGGAGGGGGGAAAACUGAAAACUAGCUGUUAUUGGCAGCUGUUAAUAACUAACUGACAUUUCCUAUUGGUCUAUUAACUAAUUUACCACCUGGUGACGCCACCAGGCAGGCCUAAACUCCAUCCCACAAAAACAGGCAGAAAUUGCAGGUGUUCUUUUUAAACAGCCUUUCCACUAAAAGCACAUUAUCAUUAUUUUCACAGUAUUAUCCCAACCUCAGUGUGGAAAUGCAUAUAUAAAAUACAGGAAAAAUCACUUUUUUGACUGCACUGGGCCUUUAACAUGUUUAAUAGUUUAUCAUUGUUAUGGGAACAAUUACACAUGAGUUAGUUAUUGCAAAAAGUGCCAAAUUACAUCCUUAAUCAUCAAUGAUUUUUCUAAUGUUAAGUAUCUGUUGAAUAUGCGUAAUACGUCAUUUUGUAUUUUCAGGUAAACAGAAAGUCCCACAAUAAAGGGCUGUGGUCGUUAGUUCUUUCUAACCUUGUACAUUUUAUGUUUGAUUUUACACUGUAAAUUAUAGUGCACAAUAAAAAAAUUAUUCAAGUAA